GAACUAUUUGCGAUGUCAGAGAUGUAAGGUUACAAUAAGCUCUCUAAUUUUGUAAACUUCAUUACAUCAAGAAUAAGGUGAAUGAUAAACAAGCGAAUCAUAAGCGUCAGUAUACGAUAAUAUACAAACACGCUUUGCAAUAUAAAAGGCUGAAGUAACCAAACAACCAUGGAACUAACAAAACGAUACAAGCAAGCUUUACGAGUUGUUCACUUCACAUACAGUAAACAAGCAGGUUUACUGAAGAGCUAUAGAGCUGACAACACAUCAAUCAUCAACCGCUCUUUUGAUCCGAAGGAAAAAAUACAGCCUGUCCUUCGUAAUAAUAUGGCGUAAGUAUUGUGCAUCAGAUGUAGUAUUGUCAGAUCUGAAAAGACACAGAUGUGCUUAAUCCUACAAAUUGGAACAAGAGAACUUAUAUAGCUUGCGUUCAAAACCUCCAUUAACUGGCAGAUCAAGCAGCUACGUGACUGUAUGAAGUCUGUCAAACAACACCGAGGCGAUGACUGUGACGAGGAAAAUGUAUAUCAUGAUUAUGAUUUUCACAAUAACUUUGCAAGCACUUGGAAACACCGAAAAUUCAGUGCCGCCAGGUUCUGGCUCAUCGCCGACUGAAAUUCCAUCUACGAGAAUAACACAAGAUAAUCUACUGGAGUUUGAAGACUGUCCCCUUGACAAUGCGACAACCGCUUGCGAUACAGCCUACACUGCAUCAGCCAAAAAGUGCCAAUCGAAGUUGUCACUGAAUCAGCUUUUGCAACACUUCUUUCCAAACGUUGAUAUUCAAAGCUUGAUAAACAAUAUUGUUCAACCCGAAAAAUUUGACUGCACAAAGUUCUAUAUAAAUACCUGCAAAGAUUACGUUGAAUUUCAGGGGCAAUCAAGAGAAGACAUUGACUUGGUUCCAAAUCGAUUGCGAAUAGGAGAUGCAACGCUGAUUCUCAGGGUGUUAUACAAACCACUUACCUUAUAUUAUGCUGCUGUUUAUUUUGAGAUUAACGGAAAUGUGUAUUCAGACAGUCGAAAAUUACAAAUUUCAUGUUCAAAAGAUUUCGACAAUUCGCCUAUUACAAUGAGUAUGGAGGCUAGACAAUUUACCAUACAAGAACUUGAGCGACUUUUCUCAGUUUCUGCUUUCAAGUCACAAGAAAUGCCUGCAUCAGUGGAAGAAUUAAAGACCCUCUCUUUGUCUUCAGCAGAAAUAAAAGGGUAUUAUUACUCAGAUGGAUAUUUUGAAUUCAUAAUGAAAGGAAAAGUGGAAACAUCUACAGUAUUUUCAUCAAGCAUGUUGUAUUUGAUCAUUCAAAAGCAAGUUAAUGAUGAAAUCACCGUUGGAGUUAUCGCCCAUUUUGCAGCUGCCUCGUUCAGAGACAUCCUUUCUGGGGUUAUCGGUGAAGACUUACCUUACGAAAUACCAAUUAUAUGGCAAGAGAAAAGUGAUAUUGCCCUACAUGUGUCUAGCAGGGGAAUCCAGAAAGUUAAGAAUGCUGAUUUCAAUCGAAUCUUUCGGUUUUUCAUAGCUGGGAGAGCAGCUGUUAUAAAAGGAGUAUCUUUGUGUGCCGCAUUUCCUUUCCAGAAAUUUGUUAGCCAAAAUUAUCCUUCACUGAAAGGAACAUACCUUCCGCUAACAUUUCUCUUUAUUGCUGAUGUAAAGAAAAAUAGGAUAAGGAUUUCGUUUGCAACAGAUAUCAACCUCAGUCUGAGUAGUGCCUUGCUUAUUCUCACUUCAGAGACAAACUUUUAUGCGCAGUUAACAGAGCUCUUUGAGAAGGAUUCAAUGGCAGAAAUCAAGUGGAUGGAUUUGUUACUGCGACAGUAUGAGAUACAGAUUUCGAUAUCCUUAACGAACUCAGUCAGUGUUGUAAAAGGAUUUCCACAAAUCUACCAUUUUGAAAUCAUUUUGCAAAAGCAUUUGCACACAAGCUGGAAACUGAGUGGAAAAGGAAAGGGAAAAAUUUCAAGCACUGAAUUUCAAACAGAAUUUAAAGAGCUUUCGAAUGGAAAGUUUUCACUUGCAGGAAAAACAAACAUGGUGUCUUCGCAGUCUCUCUUUCAAACAUUUGCAGAGUAUUCUGGCCUUUUGGAAAUCGUCAGCCAGUUUCAAUUCCUAAAUUUCAAGAUAACCAAUGUAUUUAUUUCAUCAAAAGUUGAAAGUCAUUUAAAUUUCAGGCUAACUGGAAAACCAGAGAUUCUGGAUUCUGCAGAAGCACAGUACAGUGAGUUGAUAUUAUACAACAGCACAAAAACGUCCCCAGGAUUGGCGUUUGGAAUACUUCUUAAAGGUGCUGGUUUUGAGGCUCUGUUGGCUAAGAUGUUUGGUGAGCGACAGCAGAGGCCUGCAUGGGUGCAAAAAGUUGACUGUGCGAUAAUGAUCAGCAACGAGAAUCAGAAUGCUGCAAGCAAACAAUUGACAUUUAAAAUUUCUGAAUUUAACAAAUUUAUUUUGAAGAGAGGUGUCUCAAUUGGCCUGACGAUAUACUUGACAGGCGAUUGCAAAGGGGAUGGGCUCUGCGAACUUCUAAAAUCACAAACCUCUGCUUCUUCUUCGGAGAUCUUUUUAUAUGGAAGACUUGCUCAAACUGAACUUGAGGUGGAAUGGAGAACAGUUUCAAUGCAACUGUCAACUCACAUUGAGUUAAUUGACGUUAGCUUCAGAAUAUUCGGUGGCCAGAAGAUGAGUUAUUUAUUGGAAGCAACUAUGAAGCUAGCGGUUUAUGGGCUGUCAUUUAAAGGCAUAAUUUCAUCUGAUGUCUCUGGUGGCUUGUCAAUCGACAUGCAGCUUGGCACUGCUUGGAAGCAUCCCUUUGCCAUAAAGGGAUGUCUCUUUGCCGAUAUGUCGUACAAAUCAUCGCUGUCAUCAUUCAAGAACCUCGAAUAUUUUGAUAUGGAAGGGCAAGUUUACAUAGGCACUGUUCACCUUCAGAGGAGAAUCACAGGCAACGCGAUCGUCACGAUAAAUACAGCAAAUGCCCAGCAAAGCUACUUCUAUUCCAAAGUGCAGUCCUUGGAAUUAUCUGGCCUUCUGGAUGCUUUCGAAAUCCAGUAUCAACUUCCCAUGGUUAUGCAAUACGCAAAGUUUAUUGGCCCUGUUAUCGUGGGCUACUCUCAUAAUCCUCUUUCCAUCAGAAUAGAAGAUCUAAACCUAAAAUUGGAGAACAAACUUACCAUAAAAGGAAUGCUGUCAAUAUGGGGACACCUUGGGCAGUUUCUCAUUACAAUUUCAGAGGGGAUGCUACGACUCGAAGCAUCAAUGCCAUACCUUUCCUUGGACAAUGGUUUUGUUAAAAUGACCUCUAUUUGUGAUUGCCCAGACCUUAAGAAGUUUGAUGGUCCCUCGUUAAUCGCAGAAUUUCAUGAAUCGAGCGUUGAUGUCAGGUUGUUUGGGAAACUUACUUGCCUUGGCCUAUCGAAAGCAAUCAAUGUCUCAAUUGAUGACGGUGGGUUCUCGUUUGAGUUAUCCGGAGCAGUGUACGGAGUUUUUGAAAGCGACCUGAUGUUAACUGCCGGAUAUGGAAAUCCAUCUCAGGCGAACUUAACGGUUACAGGCUGUAUACCAAAGGCAAUACCAAAUGUUACCUAUGAAGUUAUGACACUAUUAAAAGACAUUCGAGAUGAUACAAGAGAAUUCCUACAUUCAACAAGAAGUAGAAUAAAUGAACUGGGGGUGAUUUUGGAGCAAAGCCACAAAAGAAUGGACAUCCAUAACGAACAAGCUUCGUCUUACAAGUCGAAAAUAGAAAAAGAGGUCUCAUCGUUGAUUCAGCUGCAGGGAAAAGCUCAGCCAUGCUUAAAUGAAUGCAAAAAAGUGUGCAUGGGAGUCCCUGGCUGGUCGGACGACGCAUUAACCUUUGAUGGCUACGCAAUUGGGUCGCCAAAGUGGAAGCAUUGUGCUCAUGAAGUUUCAGAUAUUGUCUGUGUGGUUCGAUGCCUCGGACGCAAAGUUAUUAAGAAUGUCAAGGCAUUUAAUGAUCAGAAGAAGCUACAGGAACUGUUGAACGUUUAUGAAAGAUCGACAGAGCAAAAGAAACUUUCACGGGGAUUCCUACAGAAAGCAAUUUAUGUUGUUGGCGGGAUGGUUACAAAACUUGAAAAGGUCGAUGACAAGCUAAGUGUUGGAAUGAGUGUUGUAAAAUCAAUGAUCGGAAACAAGUUUGUUGAGUUGGUUAGUGUAGAUAAGGUUUGCAUCAAAGGGUUGCUGAGAGACGCAGUUGAGUCUCAAGUGAGGUUCUUCAUCAAAGGAAAAUUAAUCGGGAAAGCUGUAGCAGUAGACGUAACCGCAAGCAUAGAUGCAAGUCUAUGGAAAAAGUUGGCUGUUGCAAUGGUAGAAAAAAUGUUCCCAAAUGCGACCUCAUUCAAAGAUGAAAAAAUGAAAUUGAAGAAAAUGCUGAAGGACAUUGAUAUUGAAAAAGAAAAUGUUUUAAAUGAACUGGAAUACAGCAUUCGCAAAAGUGACAUGGAAACAGUCAGUAGAAAAAAUGUUGUAACUGAAGAAGAGGAUAAAUUGAGAACGCUCGCUUACAAAGAGCUGCCACGAUAUACGCUUGGCAAUGACAGAGUCGUACGGCUGUUCAGUAGAAGUUCACCAUGGGCAUUGAUGCAGAGUAACGAUCCUUUGGAGGCUGCUUUCAGUUUUAGGAAUAAGACAAGAAUAUCAAAGCUUGGUAAUGGGAAAGCGCGCUACGAUACAGAGAAAGGUACCAAGAAGUCUGUUUGUGCGUCCGUUCAUGAUGCGAUGCAAGAUUAUGCAGAUAUUCUUCGAGUUGCUUCUGGCAUAGCAGAGAACUUCUUUGAAGAAAAGAUAGCCUACUUGAAAAGCAAAAACAAGCACCUGGCCACUUUAAGAGAUAUCGAGGAUCAAAUAAAAUCUGAUUGCUAUCUUGAGAACUGCACCGUUGGAGAGAUGAACGAUGCACUGAGAUAUGCGAUAAAGGCAAAAAAUGGGUUCAUACAAUGGAUGGACUCGGUAAAACAGCAGCUGAAGAAACACGACCGUUUCGCCCUUCAGGUUGCCUCAAAAGACAUUCAAACAGUUAUAGAAAAAGAUAAAGGAAUGACUAUGAAAGAGUUUAUCAGAUCUAUAUCAAACACCUUUACCAAGUCAUACAAACGAACAUUAGGGGAGCAUCAACGUGGGUUAUCGCAGCUAGAUCAAUUGGACCUUGAUUUGAGAGACAUCCUACUGAACAGCAGAAACAGACGCGUAACAACCACAGCACCUCUUAUCUUCUCCAUGAAAAAUCGAUUCAAGUCCAUCAAACGUACGGUUGUGAACGAAUGCGCAAGAAAGCGAGAAACCCUGUCAAGAAAGCCGAACGACUGAAACAGCAAAGCCACUGCAUUGCUAGGUUAUUAGAAUAUCAAGCAGUGAGUCGGGCGCCAGUAGUAUUGUCACGAUUGCAGUUCGUCCUUAAAAACAAAGAAACAAAGAGUCCGAUCCGAAAGACGUCUUACCUUUUGCAGCUACCAAGAUGAGUUUCAUUUCAUGGCGUAAUAGCAGAAUUUUUCUAGGCGCUUAACUGGGCUAACCAGUAAACUUUAAACCAAUCUACUACCACCAGACUGUAGUUCUAAUGCUUGCGAGGAAAACAUCUUGCACGUCUUACUCGUUUGCGUUAGGUACGCGUUUGACGAAAAUAGAAGGUUCAAGUCGAGUUGCUAGAAAUGUCACACGUUAAACGUAAAACUUAAGUCAAACUUAAUAAAAAAAGCAAAAAAACAAACUCGCUUCUCCUUUAUAUCCUCAAAUUAACUUUACAACAAACUAAAUAGGAGAAGCUUGGAGAAAUGGAAAACAGAACAUAGAAUGCAGUCUGGAUGUCAAUAAACAAAUCUAUAUUACGUCCUCAUUGUCCAAAGAUGGGUUCGCUUUUGAGGAAAUUCGCCGAGAUAGGGGUAUGAAGGCCCUACGUGUCGACAUGCCACUUGCAAUCCAUUUAAAUUUUGCUUGCAGCUGAAAAAUAGUUGCAGUGAGAGAAAACUGCUCACAAUACAAAAAAUAACUGUCUGUCGUGAUAAAAUUUCUAAAUUUUUUUAAUAAAUUUCUGCUCUGAUAAAAUAUCAUAUCUAUUUCUAGCUAUAGAAGGCCUAACAUAGAAAAAAUAUCGUGGAUACAAAUACGAAGGAGCAUAACGUUCCAGUAAUUAAAUGAGACAACUCGGAAAACAUCUUAAAAUACAAAAAAUGAAGGGAGCGCUCAGUUGAAGCAUAUUAUAGGGGAGAGGGGUUGUUUAGCUUGGGUUGGCUACAAAAUUUGUUGUACGCUUAACAACGAUGACAAUAUGUUUCAGAUCUAUUAAGUAAGUAUUGGGGUUGUGGGUGUGUGGGAUUGCUGAAGCCAUCUGGCGCCGUCCCUGUUGCGAUAAACCUUGAGGUUGGCAGCAAUUUGGCACUUACUGGAGUUAAUAGUCCUGUUAGAAACGGUAAAGGGUGUGGCAAUGUCUCCUGCAAAAAUACCACUCAAAACUAGGUAUGCAAGGACAAUAACAACUGGUGGAUUGAGUAUAAACUAUAAUAAUCUAGGUAUAUACUGAAGUUUUUGAUUGAAAAACUUAUGCUUAAAUGCAGCCGUGUUGGCCUAGUUUUCUCCUACUAGACUUUGAUAAACAACAGUAGAUUUAUCUCUCCCAUCAGAAGUACCUUUUUAGUUUGAAUGUAUUCAAGUUGAAAGCAGCCUACAAGAGCUCAAUAAACCAAUAUAAUGGUACAGUAUUGUUAAAAACACCCUUAUAAACCUUGUUGAUGAAGUUACAAAAUUAUACACAAUUUGAUUGAUGCGAUUUCUUGCAAUGUAACCAUUGUCAACCACGGCGUCUUAAUCACUUUAAGCCAUGAUAAAUCCAUCAUUCACAAAGACUUUUAGUUUUUGGAUCUCAAAUUCCAUUUGGGCCCAAACCCUAAAGGCAAUCGACAGGUACUUAAGUGGCUUAAGCCAUUAUCAAUCAAAAAUUGGCCUGCCAGUAAGUGCGAUACAGCUUACAC